UUAAAGGUUUUGAUAGGCAUUCCGGAAAAUCACUCGACGUUCAAAGAAAUUAUCUGUAUACUUGUGAUCUUAAGACGCGGCUUGAACUCAAAGUAACAGACGAUCAAAAUCAGAAAAAAUGCCUGGAUCUUUAGCAGGAAUUCCACCUAUGGUGAUCGGAGGAAGCAUUAUAAGCGCUGUAUCGUUGAUUUUUCAUAUUAUAGGAUUUUCAACCACAUACUGGUAUAAAGAAAAGAAAGCAGUUAGCGACAUACAUGUACAUUUUGGAUUAUGGAAAUCAUGUGGUCCAGUAUAUGGAGUGGAACGAUGUGUUAACAUUGCAGAUCAACCAAUACACAACUCUCACAUUAUAGCCACAGAGGUUCUGGAAUGUCUAGCCCUUGGAGCCUUCCUAGCAGCUGUGACUUUUGCUUUCCUUAAGAUGUUUGUAUUGACAGAACAAGGGAUAUUAUUUGUUCUUACAGGAUUGCUCAACUUGAUGGCAGGAGUAUUUGCCUUGAUCGGAGUCAUUGUCUUCGCCACAACGUCAAACGGUUGGUUUACGUUGGAUACUUCUAACUUGCACUACUCCUUUGGGUUAUGUAUUGUUGGUGGAAUCGGAGGAGUUUUCUCUGGUAUUGUGUUCAUCCUGGCAUGGCGGUGGGUUAGAAACUAAGGAAAGCUACAAGAUUGGUGAAUUUUUUACAGACACGUGGUCCUUCUGAAAAUGAACGAAAGAGUCUUUAACUUUAAACCUUUUGUUGUUUUGUUUUAUUAUUUUUGUAGCAUAUUAUUCUUUUCAUUUUGUAUUAGUCUUAAGUGGUUAUGCUUGUCAUUGUAAAACAGAUCAAUUGUUAAAUAUCUCUUAUGGAGUACCGUAUAGAAAAUUGAAGCGUCAACAUUAGACGUAUGAUUAAAACAAUGAAAAAAAAUUAAAGGAAGACCGAAAGCUAUUUGUUGUAAAACCGAAAGCAAAAGUCACCUGAAUGGCUAAAUCAUGCGAGGUGUACAAGUACAGUACAAACAAUGCAUGUGUAAAGUUUUUUUAAAACCUUGGCCAUCCGUUUACUUUUUUACUAAAACCACAAACUCAAAUUUAAAGAAGUGGCAAACAGAAAGAAGAAAUAAAAUGGUUACAUUAGAAACCCUAUGUAUUGAAAUAAAAAUGAAUUCUAAAUGAGUUAGUUUCAUAACAUAAAAGAGUGAUUUGAUAAAGUUAUAACUUCCUCCUGUAUAUUAUACAAAAUAAAGGUAAACAAGUACGUAAUUCUGUCAUCUUAUCUGACUCAACAAAAUAGAAUUCAUGUGAACAUUAAUUUUCUCUUUUUAUAAACUUUGAUAUAUCGCACCAUUUAUUCCCAGGAAUACCUGUUUAGUUCAACACUAGACAGACGGGUUCGCAAUCGGCAAUACUCGGAGAAUCUGCAACAUACGGAAUCGACCGAGUUUUGACGAGCGACCAGUAAUAUGAAAAGACUUGUUGACAAUAGUAGACUCUGUUGUUCAUACUAACAUCGUAUUCCAUUGUUUGGGAUAUAAUCAGUCACUGUCGUUAUUGAGAGCUUCAUUCUGCAAUACUUGUUUUUCUGUAUAUUCAAUUUAUUUUUACUUAACUGUUUGUGUGGCGUUGAACACCUUACGCUCUCGAUAACCUGUGUAAAUAUUAUAUUUGAUAUCAUUCUACCUAGCCGUUCUUUGGAGCAUCGGAUUCAGUUGUGCCUAACCAGCACAAUGAUAAACCCAUAAUUUCUUUCGUUUAACCAAUGAUUUAGUAAAAGGUAACAAAAUAAUCCGAGCAUUGUUGGACAUUGGUAAAGAAAUAAAACAAAUACAUCGUUUUACAUUAGAGCUGAGAAAUAUCUUAUAGUUUGGAAUAAACUUGAGAUAGACUACAGUAUAUCGUGUUGUAUUUUUGUUUAACAUUUUAAAAAUUUUAACAAUACAUAAUUAUAACAAUUGUAUUUAUCAAUUUUAAUAUGCAAGUAUCGCGUAUCUAAUAUUUUUGUUUUUUACUAUGUAAAGUUUCAAAAAAGAAUGCUACAUCAUCAUAUAUAAGAUGAUAAAACAGCAUAUCAUUUAUUGUAUAUAUGCCAAACUUGGUGUUAUACCUGUAGAAUUAAUAUGUUAUGUUUGUUUUGUAACUCAAUAUGAAAUAUCCAUUGCUUUUGUUAUUAUUUUUCAGUAAAACGUUUUGAUAUA